UGUCCUUCGCUGUUCUCAGGUUCCUUAAUCAAGCCAUGAAGAUGUUUGAUGCCACGGAGGUCGUCCCCAUUAACUUUGUGUUCUUCACUGCCAGUGCCAUUACCGCAGGAAUAGUAUUCUACCAGGAAUUCCAGGGGUUGGCUUUGCUCAAUAUAUUAAUGUUUCUCUUUGGCUGUCUGCUCUCAUUCAUUGGAGUCUUCCUGAUAGCCAGAGACAGACCCAAGAUCAAGACUGAAAACGUAACCUUUAUAGCCAUGGGGAAAAUACCAGGGAGAAAAUGUAAAGACAAGGUCCAGCCGGAGGUGAAAAGCAACACAUACGGCUCUCUGGCAGCUAAACUCAUGUGUAACAAACCUGGUCCACAGGACGACUCCUAAUAUCAGCCACACCUGUCUGUCUGUGUACAGAGAUUACCUGUGUCAACACUACACUACACACACACCUGUCUCCUGGGUUGCCAGACUGAAUGGCUGACUAACAGGGACAAAGUGAGAGCACCGUCUCCAUACUGUAUUUCCAGCAGGAUUAUGGCUGCAUUAGCAAAAAAAAUCCCCAGAUUUUCCCAGAAAUCCUAGUUAGAAGAUACUAGGAAUCCCUGCUAUCUCGCUCCUGAUUCCAGGAUUUCUGGGAAAAACUUGGACAUCUUUGGGAAAGUUACAAUGAUCAGGGAAUUGAACUCUGGUGCUACAGAUACUGAAGAGACAUUUCAGGAUCCGACCCGAAUGCACUACAGACACCAAAUAAAACAUUAUUAUUUAAUUAUCAAGGAGGAACCACCUGAUUUAUUCUCUGUUAAUACGAAAGCAACUGUCGGAACCAAUUUAAUAUGGUUUCAAUCAUUGAUUUGUUAAUAAACUGGAAUGUGAUGUUUAAAAA